AGGCAAAAAGCAGCAAGGAGCUCUGGGCUUUCCUUUUCAACGACUUCCUGCUUUUAACUCAUGCUGCCAAACAGUUCACCUCUUCUGGGCCUGACAAGCUGUUCAGCAAGAGGACCAACUUCCAGCUCAAGAUGUACAAACCACCUGUUCUGCUGAACGAGGUUCUGGUGAAGCUUCCGGAUCCCUCCAGCGACGAGCCCAUCUUCCACAUCUCCCACAUCGACAAAGUCUACAUGCUGCGGACCGACAACAUCAACGAGCGGAUUUCCUGGGUUCAGAAGAUAAAAGUGGCUUCUGAGGAGUUCAUCGAGACUGAGAAGAGGAAGAGGGAAAAGGUUUAUCAAGCUCGUUCUAUAAAGGGCACUGGAAUUGGCAGACUCCUCGUCACCAUCCUGGAAGCCACCGAGCUCAAAGCAGCAAAACCCAACGGUAAAAGCAACCCGUACUGCGAGGUGACCAUGGGCGCUCAGACUUUCACGUCCAGGACGAUCAACGACACCCUGAACCCAAAGUGGAGCUUCAACUGUCAGUUCCACAUCAGAGAUCUCUACCAAGACGUCCUCUGCAUCACCAUCUCUGAAAGAGACCAGUUUUCACCAGAUGGGUUCCUUGGGCGGACGGAGGUUCCCGUGGCAACCAUCAAGAAGGAGCUGGAGAACAAGGGACCAGUGACGCGGCGACUUCUUCUGCACGAAGUCCCGACCGGGGAGGUGUGGGUCCGACUCGACCUGCAGCUCUUCAAAUAGCAAAGAAGAACUGUCCUUCUCAGAAACUUACCAAAGACGACAAGAAGCAGAAAAGCCCUGGACUGGUUCAUGUACCACGCCUUAAAAAUGCAAAACUAACCUGAACUGCUGCUGCCGCCCAGUCCUCUGGAUCGGCCGUCAUCUGUAUCCAGCAAUACGAGUUUUUGUUUCUACGUUUCCUCCUGAUUAAGGAAAGCAACAGUUUCUAUCAAACAAACGCUUCCUAGUUGGAGGACAACCUUUUGUUUUAUUUUUUUAAACGGUUAAAUCAGUGAAAUUACCUGCAAUUCUUUUACUUCUCUGUUAAAAAAAGUCGGGUUUUAUUCUCCUUUUGCCAAAUCUUCUCACCCGAUUCCAGCCAUUGAGUUCAAGUCGUUUUAUUCCAGCUGUCGGGACACUAGUAUGUUAAAGUUUUAAUAUUUUAUUUUUUUUCUGAGGAGAAGCCGACUCGCGCUGUUUGACUCGUCUUCAUCAGGAGCGUCACAAACGAUGGACGACAGAUGACAGACAGCAGCGUGAAACGCCUCCGACAGCGGGACGAGAAAUUUCAGAUUGUCGCUCUCUCUUUAGGCAGAAGAGCUCAGGACUUGAUGUUUUGAGGUCAUUUCCUGUUUUCUGUUGUGUUUAUAUCAAUAUGUGUGUGAAGUUUAAGGAUUCCCAAGUGGGGAGAAGUUGAUGAAACAAUGAUGGAGGCUUUGAUUUUUGGAGUUUAGAGAAAUGUCACGUUAAGACUUGAGUUGUUCAGAUGAGAUCAUUCUUCUUUGCUUUUUUCAAUCAAAGCCAAAUUGAUUUAAUUAAUUCAUUAGACGCUGACCUGCCGACCUCUCCCUGUGUUACUCUUACAGAUUCAGGAUUUAAGGAGGAUAACAUUUUAAGGUGGCACAAAUUAAUUAUUACUAAUUGAUCCCUCUGCUCCUGUUUAAACGUCUGUGGCUUCAGGAGUCAAAUUCAGCAAACAUGCAGCAUUAAAUUCUGGUCAGGUUUCCAGACUGACAGAACUCUCUAUGGAAGCCCUGUAGGGACAUUUGUAUGUUUUUAGGGCUCUGACCAAAUUUAUCUUUUCUUCUCAUUCAGUGUGGAAAAAAAAACAAAAAAACAAACUGUUUUGAUUGCAAUAUUUUUGUUAUUUUUCUUUUUAGAAAAUAAAUUAUAAUUUAUUCUAAUUAUAAUUUGGAAAUAGAAUUAAAAUAAUUAUUAAUUAGAAUAAUUUAUAACUAUUCUAAUUUAUAGAGUAGUUAUAUUCUAUAAAUAUACCAUCCUUAUUGUUGAUAAUAAAUCUACAUUUAAAUUGGAAUGAAUCACAAAUAAGGAUAAUUAAUAGUCUUAUUAUUAAUGAGUGGAAGUUUAUUCUUACCAUAAUUAAUACCAGUAAUAAUGGCAUUGAUGUGUUAUUAUUGAGGAUAAUUGAUCCGGUUUACAUAAUCAGUGAUAACUUUGUACAUUAUUACUGAUGGGAUUAAAUACUAUUAAUAAUAAUAUAAUAAUACAUUCUGUAAAAGCAAAAAAGGUUAAAAAAAUUAGCACAGCUCUUAAAAAUGAAAAAGAGAGAAAUUGUAUUUACUAAAGUCAAACACAAAAGGAGAAAUUAAACUUGCCCAGACAUAAUUAUUAUUAUUUUCUUUGUCUUUCCUUUUGACCAAAACUCACUUUUUUACUUCAUUCAAGUAAAAAAUAAAUGAAUAAAAAUAUUUCCUUUCAUAAAUGCUUUUCUUAUUUUCUCAUAACUCAUAAAGUUAGAAGAAAAAAAGUCAAUUAAAAUAAAAUACAUUUAUCACCCUUCAGGUCUUCCAUACAUUUGCCUUGUUUUAUUUUCUCCUGAAUGCAAACGGACUUUAUAUUUAUUUCUUUAUUUAUGCGCGUGACUAUCUGGAGUCCUUUUCUGGAUGAAACCUGUUGAUGCUGUUUUCACUGGUAGAAGUCUGACCUGCUGCAUGUUGUUCUUUCAGUUUUAUCCCGUCCACUUGGUUUGUUUUAAAGUGUCGUAUUAACAAAUGUUUUUCAAACGCCUAGAAAAUGUUACAUGAUGUGAUUAUGUCUUAUCUGUAUAUUGGUGGUAAAUUUGUUUUAGUUUUUAUUUUCUGUUUAGUCUGCGAUGGCUGCUGCAGUGACUCACUGACACAGUGUUUUGGCCUUCACAUGAUACUCUGAAUCAGGUUUUUAGAAGGCAGAAUAAAGACAUUAAAGCUGAUAAAACCGUG